AUGUUGGGAACAGCUGGGACCAUCGGCGUCAUCCUCGUCCCGAUCGUGCUAAUUGCCAUCAUCCUGGCUAUCUGGUAUUGUCCUUUUCGGCACGCGACUCAUUCCCCUUCUGGUGCGCCAUUGCCGGGCAAUACCGGCGCGACGGGCAACGGUGGUGCGACGAACAAUCACAGUGCAGCAGCGGUAGCAGCAGCAGAAGCUCCUUACACCACGCCUUCGUACGAGCUUGAACCUCAUCACGAUCUACCACCACCGCGAUCUUCAAGGCUAUCUAGGAUUUCGGAGGAGGGAGGACCCUUUAACCACAUGGUACUUCACAAAUGA